ACAUAGUAAAUACUCCUCUACAAAAAGAAACUGUCACUGUCAUAACAUAAACUUAACCUAGUUAUUUACUGUCAUCGUUUCGUUUACUAAACGUAAACGAAUAAAACAAUAAAAGUACAAUGAAAAUUAUUUAAAUAAGAACAUAAGUAUUUCAGUAUGGAUCGACCAAGUACAAGUAAGCGAAAUGUCUUUGACUCCGAUUCAGAUAGUGUCGACAGCACUGAAGAAGCUCGCCGAAGAGAUCUGAAGGAAAGAGAUGAAUUCGCAAAUAGGCUCAAAAAACGCGAUGAAGAACGUACUAGAAACGUUGCCAGUACUUCUGAUAAGCGCGCUUAUGAAGAGGCUGCUAAAAGACUUAAAUUGGACAAUGCAGAAAAAGAGAAACUUAUUCCUGCACUCAGAGUUGCUUCCAGGAGGAAGUAUUUGGAGAAGAGAAAGGAGGACAAACUACAAGAAUUGGAAGCUGAUAUUGCCGAUGAUGAGUACCUUUUUGAGGAAGAUGUUUUGACUGAAAGAGAGAAAAAAGAUCGUGUACACAAGAAAGAGCUGUUAAAAUUGGCGCAGGAACAUGAAAAGGCCAGGGAACUUGAGCGGGUUCAAAGGUAUCACAUGCCCAGAGAUUUGGGCAAGGACUCCACUGCUGAUUACAUUGAAGUUGAUGACUUGGAGAAGGUACCACAAUCUGAACAGAAGAAAUGGGAAAAAGAUCAGAUGGCCUCGGCAGUGUUUAAGUUUGGAGCAAAAGAUGGGAUUAAAAAAGAAGAGUAUGAGUUAGUGUUAGAAGAUCAAAUUCAGUUUAUACAAGCACUACAAAUGCCAGGAGUGUCUGAUAAGAAAGAACCCGAACUAACGGAAACAGAAAAGAAAAAACUUACUAUAGAAGAAACAAAGAAAAGCCUUCCGAUAUACCCUUUUAAAGACGACUUAAUACAGGCCAUUAGGGAACACCAAGUUUUGAUUAUCGAAGGUGAAACCGGCUCUGGCAAAACCACACAAAUUCCACAGUAUUUAUACGAAGCUGGUUUCUGUGAAGAUGGGAAGAAGAUUGGUUGUACUCAGCCACGAAGAGUAGCAGCCAUGUCAGUAGCUGCUAGAGUAGCACAAGAAAUGAGUGUUAAAUUAGGUAACGAAGUAGGAUAUGCCAUCAGAUUUGAGGAUUGCACCUCUGAAAGGACAGUUAUUAAAUACAUGACAGAUGGUACCUUACACAGAGAGUUCCUAUCAGAACCAGAUUUAGCGUCUUAUAGUGUUAUGAUUAUUGACGAAGCUCAUGAAAGGACUUUACACACUGACAUAUUGUUUGGUUUAGUUAAAGAUAUAGCUAGAUUUAGACCAGACUUAAAGCUCUUAAUAUCCAGUGCAACACUUGACGUAACAAAAUUUUCUGAUUUUUUUGACGAUGCUCCUGUUUACCAAAUACCAGGAAGAAGGUUUCCAGUUGACAUUUAUUACACGAAAGCUCCUGAAGCCGACUACGUCGAUGCUUGUGUAGUAUCAGUACUUCAGAUUCAUGUGACACAACCCUUGGGCGACAUACUAGUAUUUUUGACUGGACAAGACGAAAUAGAAACGUGCCAAGAACUUUUACAAGAUAAAGUUCGUAGGCUAGGGUCAAAAGUUAAAGAAUUACUUAUAUUGCCACUAUAUGCAAAUUUACCCAGCGAUAUGCAAGGUAAAAUUUUUGAACCGACGCCUCCAGGUGCUAGAAAAGUUGUUUUGGCCACAAAUAUAGCUGAAACGUCUUUAACAAUAGACAAUAUUAUAUACGUUAUAGAUCCUGGGUUUGCGAAACAAAAUCAUUUCAAUUCGAGAACAGGGAUGGAGAGUUUGAUGGUAGUACCAAUAUCCAAAGCUUCUGCAAACCAGAGAGCUGGCAGAGCUGGUAGAGUAGCAGCUGGAAAAUGUUUUAGGCUAUACACUGCUUGGUCUUAUAAACAUGAGCUAGAGGACAAUACUAUACCGGAAAUCCAGCGGAUAAAUUUAGGAAACGCCGUACUCAUGUUGAAGGCGCUAGGAAUAAAUGAUUUGGUACAUUUUGAUUUUUUGGAUCCACCUCCUCAUGAGACUUUGGUGUUAGCAUUAGAACAAUUAUACGCUUUGGGGGCUUUAAAUCAUCACGGAGAAUUGACCAAAUUGGGCAGAAGAAUGGCCGAGUUACCGGUGGAUCCCAUGAUGGCCAAGAUGAUAUUAGCUUCGGAAAAAUACAAAUGCUCUGAAGAAAUAGUCACCAUAGGAGCCAUGUUAUCAGUAAAUGGUGCCAUAUUUUACCGACCAAAGGAUAAAAUAAUUCACGCUGAUACUGCUCGAAAAAAUUUCAGUCACUUAGCAGGAGAUCAUCUAAGUCUUCUAAAUGUUUAUAAUCAAUGGAGGGAUUCUGAUUACUCCCUACAGUGGUGUUACGAAAAUUUCAUACAAUACAGAUCAAUGAAGCGAGCCCGAGACGUCAGGGAACAGCUGGUUAAUUUGAUGACAAGAGUAGAAAUAGAAAUCGUUUCCAACGUUUCUGAAACCGUGGACAUCCGCAAGGCUAUCACCUCCGGUUAUUUCUACCACAUAGCUAGAUUUUCCAAAGGGGGAAGUUACAAGACGGUGAAGCACAACCAAAGUGUCACCAUCCACCCCAACAGUGCACUUUUCGAAUCAUUACCUAGGUGGGUUCUCUACCACGAAUUAGUUUUUACUUCAAAGGAGUUCAUGAGGCAAGUGAUAGAGAUCGAGAGUAAAUGGUUAUUGGAGGUAGCUCCACAUUAUUAUAAGCAAAAGGAAUUAGAAGAUCCGACGAAUAAAAAGAUGCCGAAAACGGUAGGCAGGAGUACCAGAACUGAUUAGUGAGUGUUGAUUAUUAUUAAGAUUUAAGAUUUUUGUACCAAGAUGUAAUAAAUUUAAUUUAAUUUAAAAAA